UGUUCCGCAUUGGGCUCCUUAACGCUUCCUCAUUGACAGCGCCUACAGGACGAAACCAGCGAACUCGCACUUUUAUUUGUACCCAAUCAGUAUUUAUACCGCUUUCACGCACUAUUAACAUCCCCAAAACUCGGAAGGUUCAUUUAAAAGUUCAGAAAUGUCAAAGCCUCCUCCCAAACCAGCAAAACCAGGUCAGGUCAAGGUGUACAGGGCAUUAUUCACUUUCGACCCAAGGACGCCAGAUGAACUGUAUUUUGAGGAAGGAGACAUACUAUACAUCUCAGAUACAAGUGACAGUAACUGGUGGAAGGGGACAUGCCGGGGAAGGACUGGUCUUAUUCCCAGUAAUUACGUGGCUGAACAGGCAGAAUCCAUAGACAACCCCAUGCAUGAGGCAGCCAAGCGAGGUAAUCUGAGCUGGCUCCGAGAGUGUUUGGAUAACAAGGUGGGCAUUAACGGACUGGACAAAGCAGGGAACACUGCUCUCUACUGGGCAUGCCACGGAGGGCACAAAGAUGUGGUUGAGAUUUUGCUGAGUCAGCCAAAUUGUGAGCUUAAUCAACAGAAUAAAUUGGGAGACACGGCUCUACACGCAGCUGCCUGGAAGGGUUAUUCAGAUAUAGUUGAGAUGUUGCUCAAUAAAAAUGCCAGAAUGGACAUUGUAAAUAACGAAAAGAAGACAGCUCUGGAAAUGGCCACCAACGCUCAGUGCGCCUCACUGCUGAAGAGGAAACUAGGAGGAGUCAUUCUGCGUGCCCACAGUAACGCUGAGGAGUAUCUGGAUGAUGAAGACUCCGACUGAAAGAAGAGCAGCACUAAUGAAGUCAUCAAUUCCUAUAUUCGCAACACCAACCAUCACAACUUGUAUAUAGACCUGAUAUACUGUAUGUGCAUGACACAUUACUUACGUGGGGCGGGGAGGGGGAGGAUAUAAAGCUGAAUGCCAUUGUCCGAUUGUCUAAAGCCUUAAAACUUUCUUCUUCAUUCCAGUUCAUUGUAAAAGUAUUGCAGUACCGUCUGUUCUAUAUAUUCUAAGGAUGGACACAGUGAACGAUUGUUCUUCUAUUUGCUGCUCCUCUCUGAACUGUAUUUAUUCUGUAUAAUUGUCUUUUUGAUUUUAAAGUGCCUUUAAUAGGGAGAAUGUCCAGAACCAUGGGAGAACACUGGGCAUUUUAAUCACAAUAGUUUUAUGAGUUUGCGUGUGGGUAAGUGUGAAUGUGCACCUGUGCAUUUUACCUUUUUGAAUGUGUUUGUGUGCUUAGCAUGGUUGAGAAAACCUUUUGCUUGAUAGCUUCUGAGUUGCAUGUAAAUCCAACAUGUUAAAACUAUGCAAAUAAAUCAGUGGCCUUUUGUCAAAUCUAAGAUUGAUUUGCAGUGCUCAGGCUCUGAGAUUUCUUAUUUGAAAGUCUCAUUUGUUCUGCUUGUGUGCAUUUGUGUGUUAUUGGUGGUGUUUGCCAAGGCAAGCAUUACUUUUACUAUUGCUCAUUCUUGGGGGAUAUUGGUUUGUGGGUUAAUACAAACCCAAGUAUUAACUCAUCCUGAAUGGUUUGUGGGACCGAUUGAUACCUCAAAUUUCUUCAAAAAGUGAUUGCCUGUGUGGUUGAUAAAAUGAGUGGAAAAAUAGCAUAGACUUGCACUGAAGGAGGGAACGAAGCCAUAUAGGGGCCAGAAUAGAGACUUUUUUAAGUGGUGGGGUCUUUUUAUUUGGGCCAGUAGGCAACCACCUAACACCCACAUAGCUAUGCACCAAAGACCAUUCAGAAAACCUCAUAUUGUUAACUACAUUUACUAUUACGCCAUCAUAGUACUACAACCUAACAUUUCUGUGGGCAGUUUGUAUGUGUGGAAUAAUCAUUGGCAAGUUCUGAAGAACAUAUACAAUGAACUUUAUCCCUCUACUCAAGUUGUAAAAAUGCAUGAAGUUGUCUGGAGAUGUCAGAAUCUCAAGGUUUUAACAGUUGAUUUACUUAACUCAAAUUAUUGUGUGUAUCGGCAUUGUAUGAGACAUCUGGUUCUUUUUAUUCGGGUAAGAAAUAAAAUAAUUUACCUCUGCCA